CCUUUGUUCAUGCGCGGCGUCUGUAUUUUUAUCUAGUUAGCAUUCUAGCAUUAGCGUCGUCGUUAUAAAUUCGUAGCACUGCUUUCGAUUUUACAGGACCAUGUUCUUUAAUCGUAUAUUAUAAAUGCGAAGUAGGCACGGUCAGUAGCUUUGCGCUGUUAAGAAUCGACCGCACUAGUUUCGGUUGUUCGGGAUGUUUUUACCCUUAACAUGGAGACAAAACGAGGGGAGAUUCCUAACGGCGUACUGGACGACCUUUGUAGUCGCUUUAUUCUGCACAUCCCCAGUGAAGAGAGGGACAAUGCCAUCAGAGUUUGCUUCCAGAUUGAACUCGCCCAUUGGUUUUACCUGGACUUCUGCAUGCAGAAUUCACCAGGAUUACCUCAGUGCGGGAUAAGAGACUUUGCCAAGGCUGUUUUUAAUCACUGUCCAUUCCUGCUGCCGCAAGGAGAGGAUGUCCAGAAGGUUUUAGAAAAGUGGAAGGAGUAUAAGAUGGGUGUGCCUACUUUUGGUGCUAUAAUUCUUGAUGAAACGCUAGACAAUGCGUUGCUGGUCCAGGGCUAUCUGGCCAAGUCUGGCUGGGGUUUUCCUAAAGGCAAAGUCAAUGAAGAUGAAGCCUACCAUGACUGCGCUGUCAGAGAGGUUUUGGAGGAGACGGGCUUCGAUAUCAGAGAUCGUAUCUGUAAAAAAAAAUAUAUCGAGCAGAGAAUUUCUGACCAGCUGGCUCGAUUGUAUAUUAUACCAGGAGUUCCCAAAGACACAAAGUUUAACCCCAAGACCAGAAAAGAAAUACGGAAUAUCGAAUGGUUUCAAGUGGACAAACUGCCCUGUCACAGGAAUGACAUGACACCUAAAUCCAAGCUUGGACUGGCUCCAAACAAGUUUUUUAUGGUUAUUCCUUUUAUGAGGCAGCUCAGAGAGUGGAUAGCCAAACACAAAGGGGAGUCGACGAGCAGCGAUGAGGAUUUCGCAUCUACUGGCUGCACGCCAUCCAAACCGUUCCGCUCGAAGCCCAGAAAAUCUCAGAUGUUGGUGGAAGAAUCUCCAGGGUCAGCUGACACCUGGUCAAAGCAAAAACAGCCGAAACCUUCUGGACAAACUGCUCCGAGUGAAUUGUUAGAUGUGCUUGAACCCAAGAAUCAAGUGAAAGGCGAUGGAAAGAAACACCAGGACUCUCCAAAUGUAAAGAAAAAAGACAAUGGUGUGAGUCACCUGAAAGAUAAGAAACUUCAGCCCAGAAGACUCCAGGACAACUUUGAACCCGAUGAAGCUGGUGAUAUAAAUGGCUCUAAUGGACAGAUGGGCUCAGAUAAUGGAGAAUAUGAAUGCAUUCUUUCCUCACAGUCUUUCCUCAGCUUCAGAUUUGACAGAGAUGCCAUCAUGAAAUCCUGCUUUGACUCCUGAACUCCUCUCUGUUUCUCAAUGACUCUCUUCAACAGGGUUAAGAUGCGUUUUGUGUUGGACCAAGACUACAAAAAUAAGCAUUUGAUCAUACACGAUUCGAUGUAGGUUUCGAGUAACCUGGAUAUGAAAUGCAGUUGGCUUGAAUAUUUAUGCAAGAGCGCACGGUCAUUACUGAGGGCAAGGUUACUAACAGCACUUUUUUUGUUAAACAGAUGUACAAUGUCCAAAAUAAACGUAGAUGUCAGUCCUUUUGAUUCAGAGCCCCUGCAGUGCAUACUGAUCCUCUACUCGGUGCUUAAUGCUGAAGUCAAACAUUGUUAGUCAUGACAUCAUGCUCGCAGUCAAAAGCAAAUUCAAAGCGUUAUGUUCUUAAACAUAAUCUGAAAAUCAUUCACAAAUAAUGUUUGUGCACAAGUCGCUACUGACAUUUUGCUCUUUGAACAUGAGGUUUCAUUCAUGUUUCUCUGUAAUGAUGAUGUGUUCUAUGCCAUGGAGCCAUUUAUGUCCAUUCUCUAUCUUGUUUUUUUAAUGUUAAACAAAUACUUUUGAUUUUUAUAUAAACAUGUGCAUGUGUGUGUGGGUUGCUGC